AUGUUCGUUGAUACACUCAUCAAAGGAAAAACCCCAGUUAAAAUGUUAAUUGAUACAUCCUCGGAAUUUAAUACCAUUAGUAAGAGGUUGCUCGAUAAACUUAAAUCAAAUCAUGGAAUACUCCCUAGCUGUGGUCCUGCUGAAUGUCUCUAUGGAGACGUAAUAGGUGAGAUAAAUUGCUUAGAUUUACAGUUUCGCUAUAAAGGAAAAUGGCAAAGUUUAGAUUAUACCGAUGCAAUAUACUUCAAAAUUCGCAAGAAUCCAACAUUUGAUCUGGUAUUGGGUCGAGGGUGGUUGUGGGUACAUGAAGUUAAGAUGAACUUUAAAUUAUCUUCUAAAGGAAGCUGUGAUCCUCAUGCUAAAAUUGAGAUAGAUGGUAUGAGUAUCCCAUUAAUCGAUAAAGAUUUUAACAAAGCCAGCUCCACUAAAAAUAACUUAUCUAAAUCAACGGAAUCUAAACCUGGUCUAGCUCAAGAGGAG